GUUUCUGGAAAAGUGUUGGAGAUGAUCGGACGAUAAUUUUCUUGUAUGUUUUCGAAAGUCCUUGUCAUUUAGUCCGAAGACAUGGCAGACAGUAACGUGGAGGACAAGUCCCGCUUGUCGAAAAAUCUUUUACAGAUGAAGUUUAUGAGAAGAAGUGUAAUUCGUAUUGAGAAAGAACAGAAUGAAGAGGAACAGAGACGGGUCAUUGAUGAUGAACAUUGGGUUUUAGAUAUUCCCGAGCUUCAAGAAAAAGAGAGCCGAUAUCAACUAGAACCCAGUUAUGCCCCGUGUGAAAACCUGGUAUUUGGAAGAAUGUCUUUCAAAGGGUUGAAUCCUGAAAUUGAGAAACUGAUGACUGUCCAAGAAGUAGAAGAAAGUUUAAAAAUAUCAGAAGCAAAGGAGAAAGAGCUUAUGGUUGAUGAGGAUGAGAUGACUAAAAGAUAUGAAACACUUAUUGGAACCAUCGCCAAGAAGUUUGCAAAGAAGCGUCAUCGAUCAGCUGUGAAUAGUGAGGUGAGUGAGGGCAGUAGCAACCCCAAAAAAGCCAAGAGAGAAUUCCUCAAACCAGGAGACUGACUCUACAAAACUUAAGCUGCAAGACAAUAACCUUUGGCUUUCUGCCAGUGGGAAAAAUACAGGCCCUAUCAACAAGGUGGUUGACAUGCCAGAUUAAUUGAGGAAAAUGACAGCAGAGGUUUGGAAAGAGAGGUCUCUAAAUCUGCGGGCUGAUACUUCUAAGCUGCAAGACAGAACAUGUUGGCUUUCUACAAAGGCGUGAAAUGCAGUUGUACAAAGUCUUAGGUGACGAAAUGGCAGCUGUAGCUCCUUCUGACAGAACAACCCCAAAUGGUUGGUACACAUACAUGUAAGAACAACAGUUUCAUAAUCAUAGGCUUCCUCUCAGAUGGAAAGCAUUUUCACUGUUGAGGAGAAAAAAAUUGUAAUUAAGAAUAUCUGGAAGGUUAACUUAUAAAAUAAACAUCUACAUUGUUCAUAGAAAAAAUAAGUGUUUAUGAAUUUAGUUUUUGGAAAAUCUGGAAAUCGAGAAGUACUGUGAGGACAGUUGAAGGCAGGAAAGCUUUUAACAUUUUGAAAUAAGGAAAUACAUUUUGUGAAAAUCAGAAGUGAAAGCAUGAUCUAUUAUGCCCUAUACUCCAUAGUUAUGUAUAUUUAUAAGUAUAACUGCCCAAAAUGGUACAUGUACUUGUGUGUAGUGCUCAGUAAAGCUUUCCAUGUAUUAAUGACUUGUCUGGUUUAUCAAUCUGACCUGUCAAGAUGGUUAUUGUGUUGUCUUGGCAGACAUUUAAACAUGUUAUGUUAUGUGCUGAACGGCUUUCAGAGGCACAUGAAGGCCUUCGAAUAAUAGAUCAUACUUUUGAUGCCAGCACUUAGCUUUCUCUGAUGAGUAGUUAAUCUUUACCAGAACUUUAAAGUGGCUCUGUGAAGCCCAUAAUCUUUCACAAUCGAGCAAAAUGUGUUGCUUGGAAUAUGCUAAUCUUGAGGUGAAAUCCCGUGGUAUAAUUCCAGAAAAUGACGUCACACAACUCUCGUAUCAUACAAGUAAAACUUGUCAGGUUUUGAUUUGCAUUUUAACUGCAAUGAAUCCAGAAUGAAAAUUUAAAUUAUAUUUCAAAUGUUGACAAAACCUGUCUGGUGGAAUGAGAUGCUCUUCAGAUAAUGUAGAACCUAUCUUACCUUGGUGUACUACAAGGGUGUAUCGGGUGGACAUUUCCUUGCUUCAUACAUGGCAGUGUUAAUAAUCUGGUCAUAAUUGCGAAAAGACAUGGGUUUUGACCAAGUGACCAUGAUUCUGUGAUUUUAUCAUUCUCACUUUUCAUGGGGAAUGUGAAUAUAGAAUUCUGUAACUUUCAUUGCUGUCACUGUUUAUGGGGACUGUGAACAUAGAAUUCUGUGACAUUCAUCGCUCUCACUGAUCAUGGGAACUGUAAACAUAGAAUUCUGUAACUUCCAUUGCUCCCACUGUUCAUGGAAACUGAACUUAGAAUUCUGUGACAUUCAUCGCUCUCACUGUUCAUGGGGAAGGUGAACAUAGAAUUCUGUGACUUUCCAUGCUCUCACUGUUCAUGGGGACUGUGAACAUAGAAUUCUGUGAUUUUAUCACUCUCACUUUUCAUGGGGAAUGGGAACAUAGAAUUCUGUGACUUCAUCACUCAUUGUUCAUGGGGAAUGUGAACAUAGAAUUCUGUGACUUUCAUCGCUCUCACUGUUCAUGGGGACUGUGAACAUAGAAUUCUGUGACAUUCAUCAUCUCACUGUUCAUGGGGAAUGUGAACAUAGAAUUCUGUGAGUUUCCACGCUCUCACUGUUCAUGGGGACUGUGAACAUAGAAUUCUGUGAUUUUAUCACUCUCACUUUUCAUGGGGAAUGUGAACAUAGAAUUCUGUGAUUUUAUCACUCUCACUUUUCAU